GAAAUCAUCUUCGAAAUUCCUUUGUCAACUUCCCAAGAAUAGUAGGAAUCGUACUUACUCGAGAACAGCUGUCUCCAUGUGUCCGCUCUCCGUCGGAGGCUCCGCUAGCCUUGGCUGCACGCCGACGGCGGAUGGUGUUGAUCACGUCUGUGAGGCGUCGACGGAAGUAGGCGAGCAUGAAUGCCGGAUCUGUGGAAAUUUCGGUGAUCUUCGGUGGUUGAGGAGGUGCCUCCAGGCUGCCGGAAAGGGAUUCGCCAUCGGCGCUGGCAUCAAGGGCGGCCUUUCUCUUUUCUCUAUCCUUGUUCGGCUGAGGAGUCGUGGAUCGAAUGGCGCCCGCGCCCAUGCGAGAAAGGCGGGGGCGAUCACAAAUGCGGAGGCAUUAGUGAACUCAGCAAAGGAGACAUUUCGAUAUGGCUUUUUCUUGGGGGCCUUUGCUGGAACCUUUGUUACUGUGGAUGAAUUGGUUGCUGCUAUUUGGGGGCAUAAAAGAACUGCAGGAUGGAGGGCAUUGCUUGCGGGUGCUGUGGCUGGUCCUUCAAUGCUCCUAACAGGACUGGAAACACAACAUACUAGCUUGGCUUUUUAUAUACUGAUUCGCGCAACUGUUUUGGCAUCUCGUUGUGGAAUAAAGAGCCAAUGUUUUGGAAAUGUUUGUAAACCUUUGACUUGGUCACAUGGUGAUAUAUUCCUUAUGUGUCUCUCUUCAUCCCAAAUUCUGUCUGCUUACAUUUUGAAUCAAGAAAGCCUGCCGUCAUCAUAUAAAGCAUUUCUUAAUAAGCAUGGUGGAAAGGCUGCUGCUAUUCUACAGGGUGUUAAAGAACUUGCAACCAGCACAAAAUUUACGAACUUGGAUUUGAUAGAGAAACACUACAAAUCUAUGGGUUUUGAUGUAAAACUAGACCCGAAUAUGAAAGUGGCUUGCUCAAUUAUUCAUGGCAAUCAAUCUUGCACUAGACAUCUUGUAUCUUUUUUUGUUCAAGAAUAUGGAAGGGCGUUGCCUGUCUAUCUUCCAGUAUACUUAAUUCCCGCAUUAAUAGUUCACCGUAGGGGCCUUGUGAAAAGGCCUUACACCAUCCUAGCAAAGAGUCUUAUUGGUACUGCAAAAUCAAGCUUGUUUCUCUCUGUAUACUGUGCAUCAGCCUGGGCUUGGACAUGCGUGCUCUUCAGAAGUUUCAAGAGAUGCAACAUUCCAUUGGUUGCAGCAUCAACUUUCUUGACUGGCUUGGCACUAGCAAUCGAAAAGAAGAGUCGAAGGAUAGAGAUAUCCCUAUACUGCUUUGCUCGUGCCAUCGAGAGCUUCUUCACAUGUGCGGCGGAUGCUGGCUUUCUUCCCCAAGCCUCCAGGUUGAAGCGAGCUGAUGUGGUUGUAUUCAGCUUGGCGACAGCCAUCAUAAUGCACUGCUAUGCCCAGGAGAGGGAGGUCUUCAGGUCAAAGUACCUGAAUGUGCUUGAUUGGGUGUUUGGUAUUCCUGCUUCCCCUUGCGAACGAAAAAUUAUUACGUACGGCGUUCGGAUUCCUCCGGAGGCGAAUCCGGAAGCUCCACGUCACCCGGGGCCCGGUGCAUCCGGGUGACACGGCGCGUCCGAAUUCGCCUUUGGACGGUUUGGACGUCUCACGUAAUAAUCUCUCCAAAUGAAAAAUUAUUGCGUGCGGCGUUCGGAUUCAAAGUUGCUGCUAAAUGCAACACCCAGUGAUUAUUCUUCUUGCUUGGUAAAUGGUAAAGCUAUUUUACCAAAUACAGAAAGGGAUAAAGGCCCUGUAUUUAUGUUAUACAAUUCAAGUCAUUUAUUGCUGCAACUCUGUAAGUAGAACCCAGAAAGCAAAUAAGGGGAAAGUGGGCAUAGAGCUCUUACCUGGUCGGGUAGGUCCAUUGAUAUAUUGAUUUGGAGCAAAAAGCAAAAUCUUAGGCGUAUUUGAGUGCACUUUUUAUUUUUGUUCAAAAAAAAAAAAAUAAAAAGUAAUUGAUUUGAAUUUUUUAUUGAUGGCAGACUUCCAAAGAGGGUGAAAGUUUGUGCAUUUAAAAGUAUUGUUGUUGAAUAAAUAUACCACUAUUGAUUUAUUAUGGAUUAUAUUAUUUUUUAGC